AUGGCCGAGGGAUCGCCAGUACGAAGCUUGAUGACACCAGAGGAGUAUUAUUCCAGCUUUCCAGGAAACUUGAGCAUCUCGAAGAAGUUUCGAAAUAUUGAUGAGGAAUUGCAUUUCCGAGAUAACUUGGCGUCAUUGCGCGAUGCCCAGACUCGGAGCUUUGUGUUGGAUUUCGGCAACGAAGAUGCAUGGUGUGCCGUAGAUCUGGAGCAGGAAGAUCUUACAGCCUUGCUGACCCACAGUAAGCCCAGGUGUUUCGGUACGCGAUGGAUCAAUAUCUGGGCCCCGGAACAACAGAAGGACUUGAUCAAGGCCAUCACAAGCUACUACGGUGUGUCUGAGCGAUUGCAAGGUUUGAUGUGCAGCGAUCCGGUAGCCCGCCGUCCUCAGCGACACAUUGCUCCAAACCAAGCCCCGAGAAAGAGCUUCCAGCCAAAAAGUAGUGCUACGCCAUCCCGUGUCCAGAUUAACGAAGACCUUGAGGAUGGCCAUGCUAUGAAGCACUUGCCGAGCUCAGAAGAAGUCCAUGCUGCUGCCUCACCUAGGGGGCUUACCUUUGGCAAUGUUGUAGAUCAGAUAUGGCAUUUCUGCUCUACAGAUUUUGGCCCUAGGUAUACUUGCAUCGGAUAUAACUCUCUUUACGUGGUUCCUAAUCUUGAUAUGCCGAAUGGGAGGGGAUUGCCGGAUGGACGGCGGCUAUGGUCAUGGCUCAUGCUGUUCGACGAUGGGACUGUUGUUUCCAUUCAAGAGAACCCAUAUCCUGAAUCGGCAGCACAAUCGGAAGCUGAGAUGAAAGCCGUUACAGCCGUGUCCCGCAGAAAUAUACAAUUGAUCUUUGCAGGGGUCUCAAGGCAGCACUCCCCAGCUUCAGAAAAUGACUCGCUCGUUACAAUCAGAGUUCGACCUUUCCAUGACACGGGCCCGGAUCCCGCCGCUAUCAAGCAAGAAGAUGGACCAAGUCUUCUCUUUUUCUACAUAUUCGACGACUGGGUUUCCAGCUAUGCGCUUGUCGCAAAGCGUGAGCACACGUACGGAGUCGCGCUUGAUCAUUUGAGACAUAACAUGCUUACCAAACCGGUGGUCGAUCUGAUAGACGAACUACAUUGGCUGGGCAGACAGCUCGCGGUGCUCAAACGCCUCUACCAAAGCUACGAGCUCAUCAUGACCCGCAUCCUCCAGAGACAGCGUGUGCUUCGCGACGAAGCCCGCUCAGCUCACCCAAAGUAUGCGGUAGGACAUACAUUCGCCGAUACCGAGAUCCAUGAACGCCGGCAGAUGACCAUGCAGAGCGCUACUAGUGUCUCGAGUGCUCCGGAAACGACCGUUGGUGUGCGUCUAAGCACACCCGCUAUAGCUCGGUUUGAAAGACUUCUGGACCGCAUCAAGCUUUACUGCCUGUCUGAGAUCGACAGCUGCUUGACAGAAAAAGAAUCGCUUACAUUCCUCAACUUCAAUUUGAUCGCUCUGAAAGACUCUCAGGCUGUUGAGAAACUGACAAGGAUAACAAUCCUCUUGGCCAAGGUCACCAUCUUGUUUCUACCCGUUAGUUUGAUGACGGGUUACUUUUCAACUGAGCUCGAGGGGGUCAAAGGAGUAUACACCCAAGUCGAAUACUGGGUGAGCUUUGCUGUGAUCAUGGUCUUGUCCAUCAUUUUGCUUUCCCUAUUCGGGUAUGUGAGCGACACUGUUGAGGGGAAGACCAUAUAUAGGUCAAUGUUCCGGACGUUCUUUCGCAAGUCAAAGAUCAGGCUUUUCGAGAGGGACCCAAAUGUAGAUUCGAACGUCGCGUUGUGA